AUGCCGCUUGGAUGGGAACGCAUCAAUUCGAAAAAGUCGACACCCAAUAAAAAUAUUGUUUUCAUUAAACCUCGACCCGGACCUGAUCAAUCUAUGUCACAGGACUACCUCGAGCGUAUUGCUGCACAAUGUGUUCCAAUAAUGAACAAGAACUUUCUAUCGGUUGUAUCCCUCGAAGAAUAUGAGCCUAAUUUUGAAUUCUGGGGACGAAAUUUUAAUCACGGAGAGGUGAUUCAGCUUGUCCUAAAGUCUCCUACAACUGGUCGUUGGUUGCCUUUUAAAUUUGUUCAAAUGGUCAUGAUGCAUGAGCUUGCCCACUGCAAGCAAAUGAAUCACUCAAAGGCAUUCUGGGCUGUGAGGAACAGCUUCUCCAAUCAUGUAAAAGAGUUAUGGGCUAUAGGCUACACUGGAGAGGGCUUGUGGGGUAAGGGGGUACUACUUAAAAACGAAAUGAUUUCACAUGAAAACAUUGAGGAAGGGGAUAUUAUGCCGGAAAACCUCUGCGGUGGAACAUUUAGACCUAAGUCCUACAAAAAGCGAAAAGCUAAGCCUACAAUCACUUAUCAAGAGAGAAAAGAGCGAAGAAUAUUAAAUAAAUUCGGUACGAACGGAAAAGCUCUAGGUUCUGAUGAAAAUAUGAAGAGCAAGCUUGAGAAAAAAAGUUACCACGUGCAGAGACCAAGAGUUGCUGCGAGCCUGAGAGGUAGAGAACUACGGGCAGCUGCUGCUCUCGAGAGGGUUGAGACUCUAAAGCAAGUGCCAGAUAUUAAGGCUGUUGAAGUCGUGGAUCCAAUCGAUAUUGAAAGUGGAUCUGAGUCUGAGAAUCAUUCGAGACUAGAGCUGAACGGAGGAACCGAUGCAGAGAAUCUUCAACUUUUGGAUAAAAAAUGCAGAGAUAUGGUUAGAGUCUGUGAAAAAGAAGACCAAGAUAACCCAGAUUCGAAAGAUGAGAUACAAGAGCUACUUAAGCUGUCUAGUUGUAACAUCAACAAACUCCCUAGUCGCACAACCUCAGAACCAGCAAUUCAAAAUACCCCUAAACUGGAGAAAUCUGCUGAUCAGUUGAAAAAUAAAGUUAGAAAUACAGCGUUUGAAAUUAAAUCUGUUAAGAUAGAGAGCAAUGAAUCUAAACAGGGCACGCAAGAGGAUCAGGUUAACCACCUCAUGUGCCCAGUUUGCUCUUUCAGCGGCAACGAAAACUCCUUAACCUGCGCAGUUUGCCUUCAUGUUCUUAAGCCGGCAUCCAUGCCAAACUCCUGGCGGUGUUGCGAUCCAAGAUGUAGUAACAAAUUGUAUAUUAAUUCCGGUGAUGUCGCAUAUUGUGGAAUUUGCUCCGGUAGAAGGAGCUCUAGUCCAAACAUUUGA